AUUAGUCGUGACUAUACAAUACCUUUAAAGUAUUAUAUUAAGAUCUAAGCCUAUAAUUUAAAUCUUAGAUCAUAUACGUCAAAAGUAUAUGAUCUAAGAUUUGAACAAUCAAACGAUAUGAUCUAGUCUCUUUGAUUAAGUUUUUAUCAGUUAUAGUUAACCGCCAUAACAUUAUUAUAGAAAGUGAAAAGUGGAAGAUUUGAGCUCAACGUGUCCCACAAUGCUGCAGGCUACUCAGCUACCCAGCUGCAGUGGCCACUCGCCUCUGUACACUUGGCAGUUGGCGCUUAGCACUCCGGUAGUUGCUUUGUAUAUAGCUUCUAUAGUUUGUUUUUAGUUGUUAGACACAGUACAUUAUUUGUACAUUUUCUUAAGUUUUCUACAUUAUAUAGGUCCUUUUUUUAUACUACAGUUUCAAUUAUUGUUAAUAAUGUCUGACUUUGAUUCAAUAACUGCAUUGCUUAAAAAAUAUGAUCAAGAACAUAUUAUUAAAUUUUGGAACAGACUCACCGAAAAAGAUAAAGAAUUUCUGUUGGAAGAUAUUCGUGAACUAAAUAUUCCUGAAGUUGUUGGAAUGUUUAAAAAAACGGUAGAAACUAUGAAUGCCAAUCAUCAAAAAUUGGAUAAUAGAAUGAAUCCUAUACCCGCUGAACUAUACGGUGCUGUAAACCGUAGCCCAAAAGAACUUUUGAUUAAAUAUGAGCAAAUUGGACUUGAGCAGAUAUCUCAAGGUAAAGUCGGAGUCUUGUUAAUGGCUGGAGGGCAAGGUACAAGGCUUGGAGUUAACUACCCUAAAGGUAUGUAUGACAUCGGUUUACCUUCUCAUAAAUCACUAUACCGUAUACAAGGGGAACGUAUUCGCUGCCUGAUUAGGCUAGCAAAUAAAGAUUUUGGAAGCAGUAAAGGUUUACCUUGGUUUAUAAUGACUAGUGAACAUACUAUGGAACCUACUCGUAAAUACUUCAAGGAAAAUAAUUAUUUUGGCCUAGAUGAAAAAAAAAUUAUAUUUUUUGAACAAUAUAUGUUGCCAGCAUUUACAUUUGAUGGGAAAAUCAUUAUGGAAGGUAUAAAUAAAAUAUCUAAAUCUCCAGAUGGUAAUGGUGGUAUAUAUAAAGCUUUACGUGAUCGUAAUAUAUUGGAUGAGAUUAAAAGGCUAGGUGUUCAAUACCUCCAUGCUCAUAGUGUAGAUAAUAUAUUAGUUAAAGUAGCAGAUCCAAUAUUUAUUGGGUACUGCAUAACAAAGAAUGCUGAAUGUGGGGCAAAAGUUGUUGAAAAAGCAUAUCCUUCUGAGCCACUAGGUGUUGUAUGUGAAGUUGAUGGAAAAUUUCAAGUUGUUGAAUAUAGUGAAAUCACUGAAAAUACAGCAGAAAAAAGAAAUCCUGAUGGUCGUUUAACCUUUAGUGCUGGUAAUAUUUGCAACCAUUUUUUUACAAUUGAUUUUUUAAAUAGUGUUGCACAUAAAUAUAAUAAUAAAUUAAAAUUGCAUGUGGCUAAAAAAAAAAUAUCUUUUGUGAAUGAUGAUGGCAUCGUAUGCAAACCAGAAGAAGUAAAUGGUAUCAAAAUGGAGAAAUUUAUAUUUGAUGUAUUUGAAUUUUGUAAUCGUCUUGCUGUUUGGGAAGUAGAAAGAGAUGAAGAAUUUAGCGCUUUGAAGAAUGCAGAUGUGCCUAAUGGCAAAGAUAACCCUAAAACCGCACGCUUAGAUGUCUUUUCACUUCAUAGAAAAUUUGUUGAAAAAUCUGGAGGACAAUUUAUAACAGACAACAUUGAAUGUGAGAUUUCACCUCUAUUAUCUUAUGCUGGUGAAGAUCUCAAGCACUUGGUUGAUGGUAGAAUUUUCAAUUCUUUACUAGAAUUAAAAUCUGCUGAAGAAAUAUCUAAAAAUAUUAGUUCUAAUGUAAAUUAAAUGUUUGUUUUAUUCAUGCCUUAAGCACGAAUUAAGGUAUAUCUUAAUUCGUGGCCCUAAGUAGGUUUCUGGUUAAAUAUAUUUUAUGAUUGAUUUUAACAAGUAGGUAUCAGUUUUCUAAGUUUAUACUAACUCAAAUUUUCUUUUCAAUAAUGUUACUAGUUAUUACACAACAAUGGCCUAAUGUUUGUAAUUUUUUUUUUUUUAAGUUAUAGAUUUUUCAUAUUAUUAUUAAUAAUUAUCAGUAUAUUGCGAUAAAUUUCAAAUACCCUAUUAAUACUUAAAUUGUAUAACUAUUUGUACAGUUAAAUUAAUAAAUUUAUGUAAACAAAUUUUUCUAAUUAUUUUUAAAAUUCUAUAAUAUAUUUUUAUAAAUUUUAGUUUUCAUUUAAAUAUAAAAACAAUUAUACAUAUAUUAGUUAUUUGUUAGUACUAAUAAUAUUGUACUUACAAUUUUAAAUUACUUAUUAAAAUAUUUUUGUACUGUGUUAAUGAUUUAUUUGUAAAGUCUAUAUUAUUGUUACUUUUUAAAAGAUUACAGUUUAUUAGUGUAUACAAUUUUUUUAUUCUUAAAUAAUAAAAAUAUC